GGUAACCAACAUCUUAGGCAAUGCCAAGACUUCGACGCAUCAAGUGCCGAGUUAACCGUUGACGAUGGAGGCUCUCCAAUAUACUCGAGCCCGGAAGCGGGUGAACACCCUCCUCGUGCCAAGAGGACGGAGCUAUAAGAAAACCCAAGCCACCCCGGGUUUUGACGUCAGCUCCCGUUACCAUCCGCGGAUACAAGUAUUGAGUCUUCACUUGCUCAGUCGCUCACUGCCUUAGACAACCCGAGUCCACCACCCAGUCACUUCUGCGAGAUCCUCCACCAACACGUUCAAGAUGAAGUUCGACAUUGCCGCCCCCUUGUUGGCCCUCGCGCCGCUGGCUGCCGCCCAUGGCGCCGUCACUAGCUACAUCAUCGGAGGCACGACGUACCCAGGCUACGAUGGCUUUGCUCCGGCCAACUCGCCUUCGACGAUCCAGUUCCCCUGGCCAGACUACAACCCGGUCAUGACGUCUUCCGACCCCAAGAUGCGCUGCAACGGCGGAACGUCAGCGCAGCUGUCGGCGCCGGUCGAGGCCGGCACCAACGUCACGGCGGUGUGGAAGCAGUGGACGCACGCGCAGGGCCCCGUCAUGGUGUGGCUGUACAAGUGCGCGGGCGAGUUCAGCGGCUGCACGGGCGACGGCAAGGGCUGGUUCAAGAUUGACCAGAUGGGCCUGUACGGGUCGAGCCUCAACUCGGACGACUGGGGCACGGGCAUCGUGCUCAAGACGCUCGAGUGGAGCAGCACCAUCCCAAAGAACAUCGCCCCCGGGAACUACCUCAUCCGCCACGAGCUGCUCGCCCUCCACCAGGCGAACACCCCGCAGUUCUACCCCGAGUGUGCCCAGAUCGUCAUCUCCGGCUCGGGCAACUCCGAACCCCCCGCCGACUACCUGUUCAGCAUCCCGACGUACGCGCCGCAGAGCGACCCUGGCAUCAUGGUCGACAUCUACCAGGGCGCGGCCACCACAUACACGCCCCCUGCCGGUCCGGUCUGGGAAGGUUUCAAUGCCUGAGAGCUUUCGAUCGCAAGCCGCUGCCGGCUCGUACCCGUCUAGAAGGGAGCCGUCGGUAGAGGAUUUAUGUUCUAUGUAACUGUACAGAGGUAUUCGGUCCCUAGAGCUGGACUAGGACUA